CUGCAAGCUUCCCAACUUUAGCAAAACUAGGGUUUCCCCAAACAAAUCAUAUGAAAAAGUGCGCAACAAGAAAACGCAUAUAAUCUUAAGCUUUUAAAGAGUCCUUUGAAAGAUUGAAAAUUCUUAGGUUUUUCUUUGGGAGUUGGUGAGAAAUCAAUCAAUUCGUGAAAUUUGUGAAAUUAUGCCCCCGAAAGCAGUAAGAAAGACACCUACUGGAUCUGGAUCCAAAAGAGGUGGCCGUACAGCUCGUGGGAUCCCAAAGUCUCAGGCAAAGACCGAAUUGAAGGCGGAGGAGGUCGUUGAGGAAAAGCCCGAAGUGAAAACCGUGGAACCGGAGCCCAAGGAAAAAACCGUGGAACCGGAGCCCGAGGACCGGGCCGAAACUGAGAUGGAGGCGAAAUCUGUGGAGAAUGGGGCGGUUUCGGAGAAGAAGGAGGAUGAUGUGAAAGAGUCAGUCGAUCAAUAUGAAAAAGGUGAGCGAUUAGAUUUGGAGGAUAAUGACCCUGAAUAUGAACCUGAAGAGUAUGGAACGGUUGAUUAUGACGAGGGAGAAAUGGCACAUGAUGACAUUCAGGAAGAGGGAGAUGAAAUAGAGGAAGAACCUGAAGAGGGAGAUGUUGGUGAAGAGGAAGAGGGUGAUGAUGUUGAAGAGGAAGAGGGUGAUAUGGUUGGAGAUGUUCACGAGGAAAUUGAAGGUGAUGAAGAAGAUGAUCAUGCUGGGAAGGAGCAUGUUGAGAUGGUUGAUGCAGCCGAGGAGGAAGAACAUCAUGAAGUUGUUAAAGAAAGACGUAAGCGAAAGGAAUUUGAAAUAUUUGUUGGUGGCUUGGACAAGGAUGCCACUGAUGAUGAUCUCAGGAAGGUCUUCAGUAAAGUUGGUGAGGUUAUCGAAGUGAGGCUUAUGAUGAAUUCUCAGACAAAGAAGAAUAAAGGAUUUGCAUUCCUGAGAUUUGCCACUGUAGAACAAGCAAAACGAGCUUGUACUGAGCUGAAAAAUCCAGUGGUUAAUGGCAAACAAUGUGGUGUUUCUCCGAGUCAAGACAAUGAUACUCUGUUUUUGGGUAACGUAUGCAAGUCCUGGUCAAAAGAAGCUUUAAAAGAGAAGCUGAAGCAUUACGGUGUUGACAAUAUUGAGGAUUUGACAUUGGUCGAAGACACUAAUAAUGAAGGAAUGAAUCGGGGAUUUGCUUUCUUGGAGUUCUCUGCACGUUCGGAGGCCAUGGAUGCUUUUAAGCGGUUACAGAAGAGAGAUGUUAUGUUUGGAGUUGAUAGGCCUGCAAAGGUGUCUUUUGAGGAUUCAUUCAUCGAUCCUGGUGAUGAAAUCAUGGCAGAGGUUAAAACAGUGUUUGUUGAUGGUCUUUCGGCAUCUUGGGACGAGGAUCGCGUGCAGGAACUUCUUAAAGAAUAUGGGAAGAUUGAAAAAGUUGAGCUUGCCAGAAAUAUGCCUUCAGCCAAGAGAAAGGACUUUGGAUUUGUCACCUUUGACACCCAUGAUGCUGCAGUUACAUGUGCUAAAAGCAUUAAUAACGAGGAAUUGGGUGAAGGAGAUAACAAGGUUAAAGUUAGGGCCAGAUUAUCAAGACCCCUUCAGAGGGGCAGAGGAAAAUAUGGUGGAAGAGGAGAUUUACGACCUAGGCAUAUGCCUCUGCGUAGUCUCCGUGCCCCUUGGGGUCGUACAGUUCCACAUAGUCGCCCUAUUCGAGGGACUAGAGUUAGUACACGUUUGCCUCCUGUAGUUGGUCGUGGUUUUAAACGACCCGCAACAUUGAGGGAUAGACGGGCAGUGAUGGCUUUGCCUCCUAGGGGCAGACCCAUGGCUCCACCACCUAGAAGGUCAUAUGAACGGAGACCACCUGUUCCCUCUUAUUCAAAGAGUAGCUUGAAGAGGGAAUAUGGACGGCGCGAGGAAAUCCCUCCUCCUAGAAACAGAGCACUAGCUGAGUAUCCUUCGAGGGUUCAUUCUGACAGACGUGCAUCAUAUAGGGAUGAAUAUUCUUCCCGCGGCUCUGGUUACCCUGAAAUGCCUAGAGGUAGUCACUCUGCAGGAAGGAGAGCUUAUGUUGAUGAUGGAUAUGGGCAACGGUUUGAAAGGCCUCCUCCAUCUUACCGCGAUGGACGUGGUCGUGAAUAUGACUCUAUGUCUGGUUCAAAACGUCCAUACAGUGCAGUGGAUGAUGUUCAUCCCCGCUAUGCUGAGGCAGGUGUGCGCCAUUCUCGUGCUCGUUUGGAUUAUGAACUUGGCAGCGGGAGUGGUUCUCAAUAUGGAGAUGCAUAUGGUGACAGUAGACUUGGGAGAUCAAGUCUUGGAUAUGGUGGCAGCAGGAGCUCCCUUUCUAGUCAAGAUUCUCAUGGGAUGUAUAGUAGCAGUCGUCAGGGUAUGAACUAUGGUGGAGGCUCCUAUGGUGGAAGUGAUGGGGAUGGAAUGUAUUCAUCCAGCUAUGGUGGUGAUUACAUGUCUCGUGGCAGUGAUGUUGGCUCCUCGCUUUAUUCUAGUCGUAGUAUGGGUGGCAGUGGUUAUAUGGGAAGUGGUGGGUCUGGUUCUUACUAUUAAGAUUUGAGUUGACAAAAGAGCCUGCAGUUGGAAGUGUUAACUUUGAAGCCCUAUGCAUUGGCAUUCCUCUGAGGGAGAUGGAGUUUAUCUGUUAUCUAUUGCUUCUUUGUAUAUGUACGGCUAGAUAAUUUAGCAUUAGAGGUUGUAUUGCUCCGAAGCAUCUUGGAUUCUAAUUGGGAAAAGAAACAUCUGUUCCUUUUAUGAUGUAAGGAAAUUUGAGUUAUGUAGAGCAAACAGAGAUCUGUUUAUUUCUGGUAUAUGAGCAUGCAAUAAUUGCUAUUGGUUUCUCCUUUUAAGAAUUUGCUGGAAAAGUGGAGGAGGUAUGCUGCAUGAUUAUUUCAAAAGAAAAUGAUUCCUAAAAGCUCAAGUUACCUAUUAGCCAGUCAUGAUUCUUAGGAUAUAUUACAAUGGAGGAUCUGUGAGAGUUCUAUUUGGAAGCUUUAUAUCCAGUUGUAUUUGAUAUUAUCAUCACAAAGUUUAUCACAGGUCUCAAAGAUCACCAAUAAAGAGCUUAAUUUUGUAAUCAACGUGUUGACUUCUGUACCGAGUUAAUGGAUUGACAUGCAUUCCAAAUUAUCUAUUUGCUUCUGGAUGAUGAGUGAUUAAUGGUUUAAUGAGGGAAAAUGAAUGUAUUUUGAUGGCUUGAGAAAGAAAGCAUCCAUGGAUGUCAUGGGCUGAAGUUACUCAUCGCCUAAUUUUAUUCCCGAGAGGAGUGAAAUUGGAUUGCUAUAAAUGCACCAGAAAUUGGUUUCAAUGAGUCAAAAUGAAUGUAUUUUGCUGCUGUGGUCUCAGGAUUGGCAGAUGAUGAGUUCUUAGCAUUGGAUAGAAAAUUAUGAUGUCUGGUUCUCAAGUCCUUGCAGCUUGUGAGCUGUUUCUGCAAGAAACGUCAUUGGUCAUUGCUUAUGUGUAGCGUGAUCCCUGAUUGCUUUCUUUUGAUCACGAAUAUCAUCCUUUUGGGACUAGCUUCUUGGUGUUGUACAGUUUGUUUUGACAAACUUGGUUUAUGUAUUUCUGACAGCUUAAACUGCAGAGAAAUUUGAGGAACUUGAUAGUGCAUAACUGUUGGUCUAUCUUAGAAGUAUACAAGGAUGAACAAUUAGAAGACUUGCAUUGCUUGUGUUCUUCCAUUAUUUGGUGAUGCACUCUAAUAUGAAAGCUUGCUUAUGACGGAAAGUUGUCCUUGGAGUGAUUGUGCUAAUCUUGUGAGUUUCUGUGGUUGAUCCUAUACACUGAUUUGUUAAUGCAGUGGAGGUUGCACUAUGAAGGUAGAGCAAUUACAUAUAGUGAGGCAUUUCAUGUGCUGCUGUCAGUCUGGCAGUUUGCCCCAACUAGAAUUAUGACUCAUAAGAAAGUAAUUAACAGUGUCAUAUUUCCUAUAUGUGGCCCUUGCAUAGUCUUAGUCUGUGAUUGCCUUUAAUAUGCAUGCUAUACAUGAUGGUGGAUAGAUACUUGGAUAACAGUGGGGCAGCUUGUGCGCACCUCGGCUAUUCCCACCGUAUCUGCUACCUCUACUAGAACAGUUGAUGGGUAACUCUGCCCACCGAGACUUAGGCAGAUGUGAAGCCUAGUGUUUUGUCUCUGCAGGGGUUUCUACUAUGAUCUUCUUGGCUUGCACCUACUUCAUUGACCAUUAGGUCACAUACUUGGGUGCUCUAAUAGUAAGGCUGGUAACUGUUUAUUCUCUUCUGUAUUCUCCUCCCUGCAUUAACGGCUGCAUUGUUCUCAUGUACUAAGCUUAGUUGUUGUUAGCCUAUUUUCAUUGGAAAACACAUACAUAAAGUUGCUGGUCUAAUUUUCCCCUAUAGAAGGAAAAAGGGCCCCAAGAUUUUAACUUACUAAUAUUAGUGGAAGUCAAGAUUUUGAGGUAGCCUUCACUUAUAAAAGUUACAGUGUGAUCUGACCAUUGUGUUAGAGUUUGAUGUUGGCACUUGCAGACAGGCUCGAGCUGGGAUGCGGAAUAUUUUUUGUUUGUGUUUUCAUGUUAUUUCAUAGAUAGUUUUAAAUUCCUGUAAAUUAUUUGCAUCUUUCUUGAUUAAAAAAAUUCCUGUAAAUUCUCUUCUGGGUGAUAUAGCUUGAUGUUGCACUGGCUCUGAUGUA